AUGGCCCGGCGCACUCGGACCGCGGUCAUCGAGGAAGACGACGACGACGACGACGACGACUCCGACGACGAGGCGGCCAAGAAGCGAAAGAGGCGCGAGGAGGCGUUCGAGCUCGACGAGGAAGAUUACGAUCUCCUGGAGGACAACCAGGUCACCGGCUUCAAGCGCAAGCUCAAGAAGAAGCGGCUGCAGAAGGCGUCGGAUGCCGAGAAAGCUAAGCCAAAGACCGCCGAUGACCUCGAGAAGGACCUCUUCGGCGAGUCCGACGACGAGGAGCCCGACAAGGCGGAGGCGGCUGAGGAGCUGAAAGAUCUCCAGGACGACAAGGAGGUCUUCAAAGCGGGCGCGGCGCCCCAGGGGGACUUCGUCGCGUCCGACGAUGACUCCGAGGACGAGUUCGCGGACUUCAUCGAGCGCGAGGAGGGCCAGCCCAAGCGUCGCAAGAUCAAGUCCCACAUCACCGGCGUCAGGUCUGAGCAGCUGCAGGACGCGGUGGACAUCUUCGGAGAUCUCGGCGAGUUGAACGAGCUCUUCGCCAUGAGGCAUCGAGGCGGCGCCGAGGAGGAGGACGAAUACGAGGACGAUGACGAGGAUGACGAGAAUGACGAGGAUGACGAGGAGACGGACGCCGAUGCGCUCGCUGGGGAGGGCGACGAGGCGCUCGACGCCGAGCCAAAACCCAAACCCAAGGCGAAGAAGGCGAAGAAGGCCAAGAAGAAGAAGAGCCGCGGCGGCGUCUCCGGCGGCUGGCAGUCUCGAUUCGAGCCGUCCAUCGUCAAGGAGCAGAUGCUCACCGCGGAGGACGACGAAAUUCGCGCCACCGACUGGCCCGAGCGCAUGCAGCUGAACCCGCGAUACGGGGGAAAGCCCGAGGAUCCGCAGGCGGAGGCUAAGUGGAUCCUCGACCGGCUCAUGGGCUUGGACUCGGUUCGAGACAUGCCAACCUACGGCGGCGACCUCCUUCUCACCGGCUGGGCCGACGACGUGGACCUCGAGCAGCACAGGGCUCGCGAACACCUCGUCCGGACGCAGAACCAGCUCCCCAAGGGUGAAGUCGAGGCUGUCACCGCGGCGAUUGCGGCGCUCCUGAAGGCGGUUCACGAGGACGGCCUCGAGGUUGCUUACGUCGCGCAGAACAUGCGGGACGUGGUCGAACCCCUGAUGCGGGGCCGCCGCGACGACUCCAGGCCGCCGCCGCGCGACGCCAACGGCGCGGUUCUCGAGCGCAGGGUGCACAGGCGCGACGUCAUCCACGAGAUUAUGGAGUGGGACAGGCGAUUCUCUCGUCUCGCGCAGCGUCGCAAGGAGAUGAUGAAGAAGAUCGACGCGGCGGCGGAGAUCCUCGAGCGCGACGCAGCGCCCGAGCAAGAUCUCUCCCUUCUCUCCAGCUUGGCCAACGAGUGCGAGGAUGCGCCCACCGAGGAGGUUCUCAGCGACGUCGAGGCUUGCCUCACGCUUCGCUUCCACGAGCAGCUCACCGAGGUUGAGCAGAGCGGCAAGGCCGACGGGUCCCUGGGCCUCACCCGCCAGCUCCGACCCCUCAACCGCUCGCAGUACGCUCACCACUGCAAGAAGGGCAUCCGCGACCUCCUCCCCACCUACGGAGCCGACCCCAGGGACCUGGGCGCGUCGCUCGGGUCGUACCGCCGCACCAAGGUGUCGCAGGCGGUUCCCGACAUGAGCCCCGAGGCUGUCGCCGAGGUUUACGUGGGCGACGAGACGGGAUACGCGGACGUAUCAUCCGUCAUCCGCUCCCUCGUACACGUCGCCGCCGCGGAGAUCGCCGCCGAGCCCGCGGUCAGGGCGUGGCUCCGACGGGCCAUCCGCCGCAAGGCUUGCGUGUGGACCCAACCCACGCCGGCGGGAACCGAGGCGAUGGACCCGUUCCACCCGCUCGCCGAGAUCAAGCGCCUGCAGGGUAAACCCGCGUGCGAGUUCGGUGGAGCCGAGUUCGGCGCGGUGCUCAAGGCGCACCGCGACGGACUGAUCAAGCUCCGCAUCGCGCUCCCCGACGUGGUCAUCCAGGAGCUCACCAACGAGAUGGAGUCGGCGUACGUCAUCGAGGAGGUCUCGGAGAUGGCCGACGCCUGGAACAAGCUGAGGCGCGACGCGCUCGCCGGCGCCAAGGCGGCGCUGCUCCCCGCGCUGACCCGCGAGGCUGCCGUGGCUCUCGAGCGCGACGCCGCGUCUGAGAUUCGCAGGCUCUGCGGUGAGUCGCUGUGGCGUCGCGUGGCGCUCGCGCCGUGGAAGCCGGACGUUCGAGACCACGACCAGUUCGGCGCGGACGACGAGGUGGAGGUGAGGGUGUUGGCCGCGGUGUGGGGACCCGGCGAUCCCCCCACGACGUUCGCCAUGCUCGACGCCGACGGCGAGCUGGUGGACUUUUUGCAGUGCCCCAACAUUGCCGUCGGCGGUAAGUUUGGCGCGGCUACCGCCAGGAGGCAGGCGGACAUGGACAGGCUGAUCCAGUUCAUGAUCGAGCACCGCCCGCACGUCUGCGUCGUGGCCACCGCGCCCGGUCAGCUCCACGCGUGCCGCAACCUCAAGGAGAACAUCGCGCUGGUCAUUGGCAAGAUUCUUGAGGAUCACGCGCGAGCCAUCCCGGAAGAGGUUAACACCAUUCAGCUGCACUUCAUCGACGAUACCGUCCCGGCGCUCGCCGCGAGCUGCGCCGCCAUGCGCACCGAAUUCAUCGAGCACUCGACCGAGAUUCGCCACGCGGUCGCCCUUGGUCGGUACAUUCGUAACAGCGCCGCGGUUGUCGCCGCGCUCGCCGCGGGUGGCGAGGCCAGGGCCCUGAACCUGGGCCCGCUCCAGGACGCCCUCACCCCGGAGGAGAAGAUGGGCAUCUUCGAGCGCGGCUUGAUCGACGUCAUCAACCAGUGCGGCGUGGACGUCAACGCCGCCGUGGCCCACCCCUGGCAGCAGUACCAGCUCCACUACGUCGCCGGUUUGGGACCGAGAAAGGCGGGGUCGCUCGUCGCCGCCGUGCGAGGAUCCAGCGGCGGCGCGCUCGAGUCCCGCGACCAGCUCGUCUCCGAGCUCGGCGCGUUGGGUCCGUGCGUUUAUAAAAACGCCGCGACGACCCUCCGCGUCAUCGACGACGACGUCCUCGACCGCACGCGGAUCCACCCCGAGCGAUACGAUCACACCCUCGAGAUCAUCGCCAACGCGUUUGAUUACGACUUUGAGAAUCUCAAGAGCGCGUCCGCGUCCGUGAAGAGGAAGACGCUGGAGCGCGCCAUGGACCCGGAUAACUGGGAUAAACUCGCGGUGCUCGACCUGAGGGCGUACGCGGAGUACCUCAACGGCCAGGGUUCGGGGUGGCUGCUUUCGGCGCUGAGGGAGUUGCGGAUGGAGCUUCGCGAUCCCUUUGGCGAGAUUCGUAUGUCGUGGCAGCCGCUCAGCACCUGGGAGGAGUUCUCGCUGCUCACGGGCGAGACGCGCGAGUCGCUAUCCCCGGGUAAGAUUGUGCACUGCACGGUCAAGAGGCUGGUGCCGCCCCGGCGCGAGGAGGGCACCGAGGGUCACGUCGUGGUGCAGCUCGAGAGCGGCGUCAUGGGCCACAUCGCAAAGUCUGACCUCUCGGACCGCCCGGUGGACCGGCUGGAGCACAAGGUUGCGGUGGGCCAGGUCAUCGCGGCUCGGAUCAUCAACGCCAACUACGAGGAGAACACGGUGUACCUCAAGUGCAAGGGUAGCGCGCUAUCCGCGGAGGAGUCGAAGAGGAUCGAGUUCCAGACGUGGGGCAACAAGCUGUAUUACUCGUGCGAGCCGCUCGACGGCGAGGUGGCCAAGCCCACCAAACCCAAGAAACGGAAGGAUGCCGCGUCCAGGCAGGCGUUCAUCUCGCGCAACAUCGAUCACCCGCUGUUCCAGAACAUCAGCGCGCAGCAGGCGCAGGCGUAUCUCGAUAACAAGGACAUCGGCGACAUCGUCCUGCGCCCGUCUUCCAAGGGGGUCACCAACCUGUCCAUCACGAUGAAGAUUUUCGACAGCAUGGUGCAGCACUUCGACAUCAAGGAGGGCAAGAAGCCCGGCGUGGGACACACCGCCAACCUGGCGUUGGGCACACCGCUCACCCUUGAGGGGACCGAUUACGACGAUCUGGACGAGGUGUACGCCCGAUUUGUUGAGCCGCUUGUCAGUUCCCUCAAGAAGCUGAUCAAGCAUCGCAAGUUUUUGCGGGGCACCCGAAGGGAGGUUGACCAGCGCCUCAAGGCUGAGCUGGCGAGGUACCCCGACACCCGCCCGUACGCGCUAUCGGUGUCGCACGAGCACAGCGGUUUCUUCUGCCUCUCCGCGAUCCUCAGCCGCAGUGGCAACGUCAGGCACGAGUACCUCUCCGUCAAGCCCGGCGGCUUUAGGUUCCGGCAGCGCGAGUUUGGCGACGUGGACCGUCUCCUCAACUUUUUCAAGCAGAGGCCGGUGCCCGACAGGGACCAGGUGAGGCAGCAGCAGCAGCAGCAGCCGCCGCCGAUGCCGCAGCAGCCUCCGCCGCAGCAGUAUCAACACCACCACCAGCAGCAGUGGCAGCAACAGCAGCAGUGGCAGCAGCCGCAGCAGGCGUACGGCGGCUAUCCUCCUCAGGGAAUGCCGCCGAUGCCGCAGGGAGGCUACCCUCAGGCUGCGUACCAGAACUACCCUCCGCAGCAGGGCGGAUACCCUCCGCAGCAGCAGCAGUGGCAGGGUGGGUACUGAGAGAGUUCAACAUAUUACGGCGGCGAUCCAUAAAAAUAGAAGACAAAAAUAAAUGAACUAAAACAAUUUUUUCACCACG